ACAGGUAGCCAGAAACACACCAGCUGAAGAGAGGAUUCUCAGAUAUUUUGCGAUGAGAUAAAACAACCGACACUCUAAGAAAACAAAAUAAUGAUACUUUGUUGACGAAAUGAAGAAAAACAGUAUGGCGUGUGAUGUGGAUUAUCCCUAGGUCUAUCGACCCUAUUGGGAAUACUUUCAUUUGUUGUUGUAGCGCAUAACCGAAAGCUCGGUUCAUAAAUAAGCAAGAUCGUGGCCCCGGUAGACUUUGGGUCAUUUUAUUGACGUGCUGUGGUGCCCUGUAGGGUCAUGCUGAUGGACCAGGACACUCAGUGGCUGUACCAACUCCUGGCUGAGGUCCAGUUGGAGAGGUUCUACGUGCGUGUCCGGGACGGCCUCAACAUCACCUGCAUAGAACACUUCACCUACGUCAAGGAGUCUGACCUAGAACAGAUUGGCAUCAGCAAACCAGGACAGAGAAGAUUAUGGAAGGCUGUGCAACGCUACAGGAUCACCAUGAGGCCAAAGUCAUGGAUAACCAAGGUCUUCAGUGGCCGUGGUCCGGAGGGGGGUGACCAAUGGGGCAAUGUGGGGCCCGGCCAGGGGCAGGGCCAGGAGACAGGAGGGCGGGCCCUCACCUGUCUGAUCCAGGACAAUGAGCUAUCUCUGGGGGAGAAGCUGGGCAUGGGCUCCUUCGGCGUGGUGAAGAGGGGAGAGUGGCAGACCCCCACUGGGAGAGUGCUGCCUGUGGCGGUGAAGUCUCUGAAGAGUAGCCUGUCCAGACAGACGGACACCCUGACAGACUUCCUCCAGGAGGUGACCACCAUGCAGUCGCUAGACCACCCCAACAUCAUCCGCCUCUAUGGAGUGGUGCUCACACAGCCUUUCAAGAUGGUGACAGAGCUGGCAUCUCUGGGGUCCCUAUAUGACACGCUGCGCUCUCGCCAGUACGAGUACCCCCUGGCACGCCUCUGGCUCUUUGCCACCCAGAUAGCAGCAGGCAUGGAGUACCUGGAGGGUCGCAGGUUCAUUCACAGGGAUCUGGCUGCCCGGAAUGUUCUGCUGGCCUCCAGGGAGAUGGUGAAGAUCGGGGACUUUGGGCUGAUGAGGGGCCUGAGCCAGGAGACGGAUCACUACAUGAUGACAGCCCACAGACGCAUCCCCUUCGCCUGGUGUGCCCCAGAGAGUCUGCGUUUGGGCUCCUUCACCCACUCCUCUGACGUGUGGAUGUUUGGAGUCCUCCUCUGGGAGAUGUUCACCUAUUGUGAGGAGCCUUGGCUGGGGCUAUCUGGCAGACAGAUCCUGUGGAGGGUGGAGCGGGAGGGAGAGCGUAUGGAGCGACCCCCUGACUGUCCUCAGGAACUCUACUCUGUGAUGAGGAAGUGUUGGGCCUGCACCCCGUCCGACCGACCCACCUUCUCCCAGCUCACCACUCUGGUAGCAGAGGCUCAGCCUAUGGAGGUGCGUGCUGUGAGGGACUUUGCGGAACCUAGGAAACUCACUCUGCUGUCCAAAGACCUAGUGACUGUCAUAGACCAUGGUCUGGAGCUGUGUGAGUGGAAGGGUCAGAACCAGAGGACCCUGACAGUGGGCUGGUUCCCCCCGAGCCUGGCUGCCCCCAGCAGCUCCCCUGCUCCUCCUGCUGCCCCUGGUCCUUCUGCCUCCAGCCUCAUCUCUCCCCCUCUGAGGGGCAGUCUGCAGCACACAGGGCAUGGAGACACCCACACCGACCGCAGCUGGGGCACCCCGGAGCGCCUCGAUGAGAGCGUAACCUGGAGGAGCGGCCCAGCAAACAGAGCUAGAGAGGAGGAGGGCUCCAACUUACAGAAAAUGUCAGGUAUGUCCAGGAGUCUGGAGUCUGUCCUGAGCGAUCCCCAGAGCAGGAUUCAGACGGUAGUAGGGGUCAGGGUGGACCCCCGUCGUGGACCCGUCCCCAGUGCCAUGGUGGCCCGCAGCACGGUGAUGCAGCAGGACCCCCGUAGGUUCAGCGAGGCCAGCAUCAACCCCCCGCCUCGCCCGCCCCUGCCCAACCUCAAACGCUUCAAGAUCCCCCAGGUGAUGAUCCGAGAUCAGAGGCCUACUGCAAAUCCAGUCCCAGGCACCUUGUGGCCUCCACAGCCUCCAACACAUCCGCAGCAGCAGAUGCUACAGCCAGCCCAGCCUCAACCACCGCAGACCAUGGGGGGAAGUAAUCUGGGCAAGAUGGCCCACAUGGCACGGUCAACACCAGCACUGGAUGACUAUGGGAACAAGGAGAGGGAUCAAGAAAAGGAGAGGGUGGUGAGGGAACGAGAGAGGGAGAGGUACCCGCCUCAUGUGCAACGCACCAGGGAAGCCGUCAUAGCACAGGUCAUGGAGGCAGUGCAUGGAGUGACCAAUGAGGAGGUUCGGAACGCACUUCGCCGCAAUGAGUGGAACCCUAUAAGGGCCCAGCAACAACUCAAGAUGGAGCACCUGUACUCUCUGAGUCUGUGUUCUCGUGACCACUGCGCCAUGAUCCUGUCCCGCUACCAGUGGGAUCUAGAGCAGGCCAGUCGCUACCUGAUCAGAAUGGUACGGGAGGACAGGACUGGAGGAGGAGAGAGGAAGAGGAGGGACGGAGAGAGAGAGGCAUCCCCUGCUGCCAUGGAGAGACAAGGAGGAGUAUGAGAGGUGCAGGGAAGGAGGAAUACUGGAAACAAGAAAUCUUUACAACAUUUAAGAGGAACUGACAAGGAAUUUUAGGAAUUGAAUAGAUGGGAGGAGGAUGCAAAAGGAAUUGAAUAUAUAUGGAGUGAACCAUAGACAUUACAGUCCUCCAAAAUACUAUUUUUAUCAUUUUUUACAGUUCUGUUAACAGUAUUUUUUUUAACGAAGUGACAAACUGCCACAUCCUCUGUUCUCAAAAAUAGUUGUAUCAUGAUGAAUUUGUAUAUAUUGUAUUAACUUUGAUUAUAUUUGUUGACUAAAUUGUUGAUACAAAAUGUGCAUGAGCUAGUGGUGUACAUGUGGCUCAUGCCCCUCAAUUCUACACGAAGUCAGUACAGCUGGGAUGUUGUAGAAUCAAGAGGGUACACAGUGUGAUGUCAUUUCCUUUCACAGGAAGUGUUUGGGAUUUCUCACUGCUUUGACUUCCUUAUUGACCUCUUUCGUUGAGGGUUGUAAGCUUCACAUUAUGCUGUCUAUAAAACUACAGCAGGAGCUGGUCACACGGGGCUGGAGAAUCUAACACCACUAUGGAGGGAGGUGGCCUUAUGUUAACCUGUACUUCAGCAUGCUUCCAGCAAGAUGGGAGUAAUGAGAACGCCUCCCUUAUGUCGUGAACCUGCCUUACUCCUUUCAGGCUCCCCUGGCACUCUGCCACUACUAUUUUGGGUUCGGGAAAAUGAAUGUGCAAAAAACAACAAGGUAUGAGGUUUGAACCGUCAACCAGGACCUCUUUAAAAUCAAGCACGAAUCUGUGUAAUUGAGAUUCACAAUUACAAAAAAACUAAUUGAUCAUGCUUUGAAACCACAAGACAAUUUCCCAUUGAGCCGACAUACAGGUGCAGCUCAAUACAUUAGAAUAUUGUGGAAAAGUUAAGUAAUUUCAAUAAUUCAAUUGACAAAGUGAAACUCAUAUCGUGGAUUAAUUACAC